AGGAGACCGCUACUCAAGCUUGGCUCUGUUUCACAAACUCCCGCCACACAAUUUUCAGUUGUGCAGGCGUGAGACAAAAAUUUAACUAAACGGAAAUUAUUUUGAGGGAUGUAAGUUUUUAGUUUUAUUCUGUUGGUUACAAAAUAGAUCCAUACCUUUGUAGUUUUUGCUGGCUUUCAUUGUUUGUUUAAAUGUGCGUGUAGGAUAACGUUUGUAAUCUUGGCUAUAUACACCAAUCGAUCGUCAAAAUUUGAGAAUAUUGCCACCAGUCUGCGGGACCCAGUUUUCUAAGCCUAACUGACACAAGUGAAGACAGCUUGUAUUUUGUACGUUCGGGAGUGCUGUAAUCGACAUGAACCGUUGCUUGGCCGCGUUGGGGGCAUGACGCCGAGGAAACAUGGCUGACGCUCGUCAGUACUCAGUUGUGUAGGAAUAGGAUAACUGUUGUUGUCAGGUUGUUUUGGAAUGCUCCAAGAAUUUUUGUUAUAGAGGUUGCAGUAAUAAUCGCCAAUUUUGUGAAAAGUUACUGUUACUUGUAAGGAGACUUUGAUUUUAUAAAGGUGUACUUUGCCAAGUAUUUUGAAGUUUGGAUUUGAAAAUCGUGUUCCUAAAUCACCAUUUGAGAAUUGAAACAGAGGGACAGGCAAAAGCAGUUGGGGAAACAAACAACAAGACGAAGUACACGAAUCAUGGACCAGCAUUUGGAAUCCAAUGGCUGUGAAGAUGGUCCCAUUCCACUAAAUGUGACAAAUCACUCAGAUACUACACAGGAAAAGACUAAGAAGUCAGAUCGGCAGCCAUCUAAACACUCAUCGUCUGGUCGGCACGGACCUGCUCGUCCUCGAAGACAGGCUCCAGCUAUUUCUGCUAGCAUUCUUCUACCUCCUCCAGGUUCUCCACCAGCUGAGAGAAGACCAACUCGACACUCACCCUCCUCGCCAGGACAAACACAUUCUGUCACAUCUUCUGUUGAGAAAAAACCUCAAAAAGUUGCCACCUCUUCACCACCUCUUUCUCUGCCAUCUCAACCAUCACCAAACAAACACAUUUCACAGUGUUCUCCUACUGCAUCUAAUGUUAUACUCACCCAAAUCAUGUCUCUAAACAAGCCAGAGGUAACAACUAGUCCAUCCAAAUAUGCUCGCCAAUCACAGCCUUCUUCUUCUAAAUUAUCUCUGUCCACACCAGAAAGGAAAAAGCGGAAACGACAUCCACAAACAGUCAUGGAUCCCAUCCCAUCUCACUCAAAUAAAAGAAUUCGUCUUCAGUAUCAGCCAUUCCAGUCUCCUGCACCAAUAAGUCCUAUUCCUUCCAUUUUUCGACAACAUCCAGCUAAAUCUCCAGAUGACAAAAUUGUACUUUUUAACAAGGGAGAAUUUCUAGCUGUACGCAACGAAAAUGGUGGAUUCUUUGUGUGUCGGGCAUCUCAGAAUGUGUAUAAAAGCAGUAAACGAUUCAAAAUCCAGUGGCUGAGUAAUGACAACAACACUAGUGUUUACACCCCAGAUUUCUUUGACUUUACUGAUUUUGAAUGUGUGUUGACAAACUUAAGAAUGAAUGAGUGGCAAAAAAAAGAACUGAUACUUCCAAGUGAUGAAAGGAAACGCACAUUGAAUAUUUUGCAAAGGGCAUUAAAUGUGGAAAGUGGUAUGGAUAUUCCAGACCCUCGCCAGCUUACAAUGGAUGGAGUUGAUGUAUCCAUUGUGGGUAAAGAAGACCUAGGCAGCCCAAAAAGUGGACUGACUCAAAAAACUAACAAAUCUAGUGUCCAGAAGGGACGAGGGCGACCUAAGAAGAGUAAAACAGAAGAGGAGGCUUUGAAACAGAAAAAUUUGCGUUCAGCAGACUCAGGAAAGAAACCAAAGACAAUUACAGCCAUUAAAACAAAAGUUAGAGAACCUGCCAAAAUGCGAUUUAAGGCUGCUCGUGUAGUGAAAAAAGAGGAAAAUAAAGACCCUAGAACUCUUCCAUUAUUAAGACCAAUGACUAAAAUUCAGAGAGAGCGAUUACAGCCCAACCCAAAGAUUAAGGUUCAGGAGAAAAGUCCAAUGUUUGAAUCGGGGGAACCUCUACCUUAUGUGUCACCUAUAACUUACAGUAAAUUGAUUAUCCGAGCAGUUCGAUUGAAAGACCAUCAUCUACUCCAGUCUUUAUUAUCAGACAAAGAACAUGUUUGUUCGUACACCUUAAAACAGAGUAAAGAUGUCUUGAAUGAUGCUCUGACAUAUGCUAUUGUUCAAGAGGACCAUCAAGCCAUUAGAAUGAUACUUUCAGCUGAACACAAAAACCUUGUUACCUGUCCUGAGCAUUUGCUCUCGAGGGGGAAGAUUGGGAGCUGUAACAGAUCUCUGUUUGAUCGUUCGAUCUACUCAGUAUCGAUCAUUGGAGGGUCUAGAGAAGGAAAUGCAGCUUUAUUAAAAGAUUCUGCCUAUGAACUUCCACCACAGGCAGAUGAUAUUAAAGUUAUUGAUGCCCUUUCUGCUGGUGUUUCUUUGGGUACCUUAAAUGUUCUCUGUAGUGGAAAAAAUUCAUUACAUAGUGAUAUGGAACACUUCAAGGCAGAGAAAGUAUACCCAAAUAUUGUUGUAGCCUUGAGACAUGGGCAUUGUAAAAUGGCUGGUCAGUUAAUACAGGAAUGUAUAGAGCAAGCUGGUCAUGGUUUCAGUAGCCUCCAUAGGGAUGUACUCUUGAAUGAAAGUAAGCCACUAAACGACUUUGAAGCAUCAUCAGUCCUAAAAAAUACACAUGAAAAUUCAAAGGUCACACCAAUCCAUUGCGCUGCCAUUAACCCUAAUUCCAAAUACCUGUCUUCACUGUUAUCAGUUGUUCCUCAAUGUAGCGUGGUAGAUAGUGAUGGGUGGCAACCAAUCCACUAUGCUGCCACCUGUCAGAGUACAGGCCCCCUGGAACUUCUGCUUUCAAGGAAUGUAAGUAUUUAUGAAACUGAAGCUGAAGGUAACACCCCCCUUCAUCUGGCAUGUCAGACUGGUAGACACCACAAUGUGGAGCUGCUGCUUAAGUACACCUUUUCUACAGCUCAGUCUGGUAUCGAGGAUGAAGAUUCUUCUGUGGAUAAAUUUGGUGUUUGUGGAUGUGAGAGACUGAAUAAAAAGUCAUACUCCCCAUUGCAUCUUGCCGUGCUACAUGGCCAUUUGAAUGUGGUGAAAGUCUUACUCAAAUAUUCCUCUGUCAACAAGCCAACAUCUGCUGCUGCUGAUAAAUUAACUCCUCUUAUGUUAGCUGCACAACAGGGGUAUUUACCAAUAGUAAAGUUCCUUGUGGAGAAAGGAAGAUGUCUGGUAGAAGUUAGAGACAAGAAGUAUAGGACAGCUCUCACCCAUGCUGUUAUUAAUGGUCAUGCUCAUGUGGCUUCAUACCUGCUCAGGAUUGGAGCAGACCCUAACACCAAGGACAGUUCAGGGAAUACUUUAGUCCAUUAUGCUGCUGCAUAUGGGUGGUACUACUGUUUAAAGUUGUUGGUAGUAGAAGCAGAAGCAGACCCAAAUGUGGCAAAUGAUUUGAAGGUUUCCCCACUGGCUGUGGCAUUUUUGAAAGGACACAUGGGGCUUGUUGAUUUUCUUUUGGAAAUACCCAGUGUAGAUGUGAAUGUAUACGUUGGUGAGAGUGAUAUGUCUCUAGUAAUGCACACUGUAAGGUCCAGAAUUAAUGUAACACAGCUUCAAAGGCUCAAAUUCUUGUUAGUAAAGUGCAAGAGUGACUGUAGAAAGAAAGAUCUGCUCUUUGGAAAUAAUGCUAUUCAUCACUUAGUUCUUCAGGAAGCUGAUGAAAUGAGUGCUGCAAGAAGUUUCCAACAUGAUAAGGAGAACAAAGGUGAAGAAGACAAUUGCUUAGUUUCUGAAGAACACCAGAAGAGUUUUCCAGAAGAUGAACUGGAUGAAAUGUUGCAGGAAGAAAAUCAGAGAAAACAUGAUCAGCUUGUGGAAAACAUAGCCAAGCUUCUUAUUUUUCAUGGUUGUGAUCCUAAAGAAAAGAACAAAGCAGGAGAAUCUGCCUUCUCUUUGGCUGUGAAGAAGGGCUGUCUUGUCUUAGCCAAGGUGUUUUUAGAACAUGGGUGUGAACUUACAUCAUGUGUAGGUGCUGUGGGUGGUACUUUACUACAUUCAUUCAUCCAGCAGGCUUUAGACAAAGAUAUCUCGCCAUUAUUGAAAGCUUUUCUCAGUGCGGAAAGUAAGUCACCUGAUUCCUCUCCUCGUGAACUUUUGCGCCACAUGGCCACGAGGUACAACAGUAAUGGUCGUACACCCCUGUUAGAAGCUCUGUGGUCUCUGAAGACAACAAAAAGAACUGAAUCAGUUAAACGACUUCUACACUUUAUCAAAUUUUUGCUUGAAGAUCUUUGUUCAGAUGUAUCAGCUUUGGUUAAAGAUAAGAAAACAGGAGCAGAUGUUUGUUCAGCACUACACCUGGCUGCCAAAUGUAAAGGUGGGCGAGCCACAGAAGUGUUGUUAGCCCACCGUCCACCUAUUGAUAACAGAGAUUCAGAAGGUAGAACCCCCCUUGUCACUGCUAUUGUUGCUGGAAAUUAUGAGGCAGCUGAGGCUUUGAUCAGGGCUGGAGCAGAUGUUAAUAUUUUUUCUGAUAAAGGUGAACAAAAUCUACCACCACUUCUUUUAGCAGCAAGAAAAGUGGAAUUUGCAAAACUAGUCCCCCUGUUAGUGCAACAAAAGGCUGAUGUCAAUGCCAUUAAUCCAAAGAAUGGAAACACUGCCCUUCAUUACAUUGUUGACAUGCCUGUCUCAGAUAUAGAUCUAGUCAAGGUGCUAGUUGAUGCUGGGGCAAACAUUAAUGCUCCGAACAGUCUUCUUCAAACCCCUCUUCAUCUAGCAGUGAAUAGCCAUGCAGGAGGUACAGAUGUGUCUUUAGAUGUUCAGGACUAUCUGCUGCAGAAAGGAGCUAAAGCUGAUGUGACUGACAGUUUCAGAAGAAUUCCACUCCAUUAUGCCUUCUUUAAACUUACUCGGGAGAAUAAUUCUUUCCACAAAGACCCAGUAGAAUUGGUGGAUCUCCUGACCAGAGCUAUGGGAGCUUGCCCUGUUGACAUAGCUGAUAAUAAUGGACAAACACCAUUACACUUAGCUGCUACUUGUGGAGCAACCAUUUCCUGCAUGCUUCUUGCUCAGAAAAUGAAGAUACUUGACGUGAAAGAUAAAAUGGGAAACACCCCUUUAGGCCUGUCUGUGUUAAACAAACAUGAAGGUUGUGCAAUGAUGUUGCUUCAGAAAGGUGCUAGUUGUGUCCUUGAUUUAGUCCAGACUAGACCAGAAAGAGAGGAAAAAAGAACUUGGAAAUGGAACCAUGUAAAGAAAGCACCCCAGUCUCCAAUUAGACAUUCAAUUUUACAGGAAGCAGUAAGCAUAGAAUGGCAGGGAGUGUUACACCUGAUGUUAGAUCAGCUAGAAGCUGUGGGCAAAGGAUUAACUCUUGCUGUGGAGGCAGCUGUUGCAACUAGGCAUUAUCAGUUAGCUCUGAAGCUUAUUUCUCAAGUGAAACUUGGGUGGACUCUUUAUAGUGAAAAACAAACCAUGCUACAUCUUCUUGCACGAGAAGCAGAAGCUGGAAGUCAAGGAGAACUACAAGUCAAGGUAGCAAAGGCUCUGAUAGAAAAAGGUGUACCAGUUAUGGCACGAGAUGAACAUGGUUGUUCUGUGGUCACAUAUGCAGCUUUGAACUGGAAUGACACUUUGUGUCAGUAUUUCACUGAUAAAAUGGGAAUGGUGGCAGUAAUUAGAGCCGAUCCAGAUAAAUCACAACGUACUCCAUUUUCUGCUCUCUUUUGGAGAUUAGGCUCUGAACCUUUCCCAGAAGGAAUUAGGAACUGGUGUCUUAAUCUAAUAAGGUCUGGUGCAUCUCUUAACACCCUUGCACACUAUCCAGUUUGGGAAACUCCUUAUCCUGGUGUAACAUGUAACACUAAAGACGUUACCCAUUUAGAAGCUGACGCCUGUUCCAAGUUAUCUCCAUUGAUGGUGGCCAUAUUUAAACAAAAUUAUGAAGUUGUCAAAAUGUUGAUUUCAAAUGGAGCAGAUUUAAACUUUCCUGAUGAGCAACUGAGAACUCCCUUAAUGUUGGCUGUUCGACUGAAUGAUGUGAAAAUGGUGAAACUACUUUUGAACAGUUCGUAUAAUCCAGACAAUGAUUACAAACCACUGUCAGGCCAGAGCAUUGAAUUUGAGAAAACUAGUGGAGUUGACCUGACAAAACAAGACAAGAAUGGGUGGACAGUGAUGCAUCAUUUGAUAUGUCCCCAUGCUAACUUUACGUACAGUGACACAACACUUCUCUACUUGCUUGCCAAAGUAGGAGCACCCAUCAAUACUCCAGACAACACAGGUCUUACUCCACUACAGCUGGCUGUCAGCCGUCAAGCAGAAUCACUCCUCAUUGCAUUACAGGAGCUAUUAAAAGUUCCUUUCAAUGAACAGGUAAAUAGUCUAUAUAUGAAGCCUCCAAUCAAAGUAGAUGAUGGGAUGCAUAUCGAGAAACCAGCAUACUCAUAUAAGACUGAUUUCGCAGCUAUGGUCGAAAAACUGAGAAAAGAAAUUGAUGUCAAAGAACAAAAACCUGAAGUGGAUGUUCUCUCUGGUUUAUCAGAUAUUGGAGAGCUGGUUAUGGAUCCAGAUCAGAACGUUCCGUUCGAUGCCUUGUUAACUCUAGUGGAUCUAAGUUAUGGAUUAUUUGACUUUUACAAGAUGCAGAUAAUAAAACACCACAGUAGAGAGACUUACGUGUUGUUCACUCGUUGGGGACGUAUGGGAGAUGAUGGCCAAACCCAAAAAAUUCUAUUUCCUUCUUUGAAGGAAGCAGCUCAAGAGUUUCAGAAGAUCUUCCAUAAUAAAUCGGACAACAUUUGGGAGAAUUUAAAAAGUUUUAAUCCACAACGAAAUAAAUACUGCCUUGUUGAGAUGGAGAAACGUUGUCAAAAUCACAAGCACAGUAUCAAACCUAACCUUAAGACUGAUACGCCAAGCAAGCUACCAGAACCCCUUUCCAGACUCAUGGAGAGACUUAUGGAUGCUUCCCUGGUCGAGCAGUUUUCAAUGAAACUUGGAACUUCUAUUGCAUGUUUUGGUCAGUUACCAGAAGCUUUUCAGAAGGCAGAAUCUCUAUUGCAAGAAAUUAGGAAACUUAUAGAGGAGAGAAAGGAAUCUCAAGAUAUCAACAAUGCUCAAAAAAAUUCAGAAGAAAUUCUACAAAAGAUAGUGAAACUCACUGAGGAGUACUACUUCACAAUACCUAUCCAUGGGUUUGAGUAUGAAAGACUUUGUCCUCUGUAUGACACAACAUUAUUAAGAGAUCAGAUAGAAAUUGUAUACAAUCUUAGGCACACAGAACUAACAGCAGAGCUGAUGCUAGCUGCCCAGAUGAGGAAGGAGGAAAUCAAUCCCAAAGAUUAUAUCUAUCAGUGCCUAAACAGUCAGCUACAGCUAAUGGAAGAAGAGUGUGUAGAAGCCCAGCUCAUUCUUCAGUAUAUCCAUAAUACAGGAAACAUUGAUAAGAGAAAAAGAGUGGAUGUUCAAGCUAUCUACCGAGUCCAGCAAAAAGUUAGUUCAGAAUUUCUCAAGAAAAGCUCCAAAAAACAUGUACUUUUAUGGCAUGGGACUUCAAAAGAAAACAUCCUCAGCAUUCUUACUCAAGGACUGAUGAUCCCCCCUCUUGGGAUGAGAUUAACAAAGCAUGCAUUUGGAAAGGGAAUCCUUUUUGCUGAUAUGUUUCAGGAAGGUCAGGAACAUUGCUCUGCAGGAGAUGAUAAAGAAAGCACCAAGUUUAUGUUUCUCUGUGAGGUUGCACUAGGGAAGAUUUGUCAGCUGGACAUGUCCUCAAACCCCCAUCCUGAUCAAAGCUACAACACUCAUCUAGCACUAGGAACUUGGCACCCUAACCCUGCUCAGUCUAUCUCUUGGCAAGGUCGAGAGAUACCACUGGGUCCAAGUCAAGCAGAUGUUGAUUUACACCAUCAGAUCGUCUAUCGAUCUCUGAACUUCAAUGAAUAUUUGGUAUGUGAGCCUUCACAAGUGUGUAUUCGUUAUCUUGUGCAGUUCCAAGAGAAACUGGUGGGCACAUUGAAGACAGCCUAAACAUUAGUGUUUGUACAUUGGUGACGAACUCUGGUGUCACUCCUGGUAAUGAUGUUUUGUUAAAGCCGUUCAUGGUGUGAUUCAGUGUGUUGUGAAUAACUGUAUUACAGGCAGAAUAGAAAAUGACAAGGUGAACAAUUAACUUGUCACUUAUUUCACCAGAAAUUAUCCAUGAUGGAGUACACGGGGCAGCUUUUGAAAAGCUCCAUUUUUCUACCCAGAUCAAUUGAAAACCAAGGUCUACUGGUCUGGAUCUUUUCUCAUCAAGAUCAGAAUAUAGUUGUCAUUUGAUUGUAUAAUAUCUCUCACACAUUAUAUUGGCCAAUUUUCUGUUCUGUUGUUGUCCUAUCUAAGUAUUUUGUUUUUUCUGCUUAGAAAACAUGACCACUGCUACUGCACCAGUUGAUAUUUUAACCCUGUCUGUUCCAGCAUAUACAACUGUAUGUCAAUGCUUUCCUGUAGUUGAUUGAAUUACUUUACAUGAUUUUACAUCAUUAAUUUGAAAAAGGUCGUUGCAAUAUUUUAAUACAGUGAAGAGAACUUUUUUUUCACAAAAAUAUGUCAAAAGACAUUUUUAAGGCCACAUUUUACAAUUAAUAAUUUUCUGCACCUUUAAUUUAUUUAAAAUAUUGUGUAAUGAAUACAAAAUUCAUUAUUUUUCAGUCAAUAAACAGAGUAGAAUGAAGCAGCAAGAUUUGUUUUCUUACUUUUUAAUACUGUGACUAAUUUCUACUUAAGGUUUAUGUGUAAACAAAUUGGAAUUUGUGUCUUGUGCACACCUGGAACAGAGAGGGUUGUAUGGUAGGUUUAAACAUUGUUUUUAAAUAAUGCUAUACUGAAAUUUUUACACAGAAUACAGGUAUUUUAAAAUAUAUAUAUAGAGAAAUUAAGUAAAUGUGUUAAUCAAGAUUAGAGUGCAGAUGUUUACCAGAAGUAAGGUUUAAUGAUACUCUCCUAUUUCCACAAAAUUUGUAAGAAUGUCUGUUCUGUGUUAAAAUUUCAGAUUUUUUUUUUCAUUACUUUAUUGUCUGUGUAUUUCAGUGUUAACAUUAUGAGAAUGAUCAAUAUUUUAUUACAGUAUUUGUACAAUCUUUUAAUCAUCUUUCAGUGUUGUAUUCCAUAGGAAAUAUCUUGGCAUGUGAGUCCCUUCUGCUGAAGACUUUUGUAUUGGAAGUGACAGCAAAAUAAAUGCAUACAAAAGCAAGA